UCUUCUAAAACGUCGUCUAUUAGGCAAACGAAUCGGAUGUGCACGAAGGACAACACAGUAUAUUCUUUCGCAAUGAACGCUGAUCCUCAUCUAGACGAAAUGGACAUUGACAAAUGCGACAAAUCGAAACCAAACGGGCGCCUUCUGGAUAUUCCCUGCAAGGUAUGCGGCGAUCGAUCGUCGGGUAAACACUAUGGAAUCUACGCCUGCGAUGGCUGCAGUGGUUUUUUCAAGAGAAGCAUUCGCAGAAACCGUUCCUAUACUUGCAGGGCAACAAAUGGCAAGGGUAACUGUCCAGUGGAUAAAAUCCAUAGGAACCAAUGUCGAUCGUGCCGCUUGAAAAAAUGCUUCGAGGUCACAAUGAACAAAGAUGCUGUCCAACACGAACGUGGGCCUAGAAGCUCCACUUUACGCAAGCAAAAGAUGCUCAAAGAAGCCCAAGACAGAAUGGAGAUUGUUACCACUGCAGCGCACGUGCAGCACAGCGCAAGCGGUUUCAUCAACACCUUGCUAGCAGCGGAGACCUGCAUGGAAGGCUGCCAGAUGCCAGCCAAUGAUUUUGACUUGGGCUUGGAAUUUAAGCCAAUCAGAUUUCAGUCUGAUAUUUCAGUGUCUAUGUAUUAUUCCAAUCCGGAGGCUGUGUGCGAAGCGGCUGCCAAGCUGCUGUUCAUGUCUGUCAAGUGGGCCAGGAAUAUUCCUUCGUUUAUGAGUUUGCCUUUCAGAGAUCAGGUUAUUCUGCUCGAGGAGGGCUGGCGGGAGCUGUUUCUGUUAGGCGCGAGUCAGUGGUCCAUGCCCCUGGAAAUCGCGCCAAUUUUGUCAGCGGCAGGAUUGCACGUGGACACCACACCACCCGAGACAAUCGUUGACGUCAUGGCAACAGUGCGUCUGCUUCAAGAAACGGUCAACAAAUUUAAAGCCGCUAAUGUUGACUCGACAGAGUACGCAUGUCUGAAGGCCAUUGUGCUGUUCAAGCCAACUGCUUGCGGGCUCAAGGAUCCAGAACAAGUCGAGUCCACUCAGGACCAGGCUCAGCUCAUGCUUGGUGAAUAUGUUCGUGCCCAGUGUCCCGCUCAACUGGCUCGGUUUGGCCGCCUUCUGCUUCUCCUACCAGCCUUGAGACGAAUCAGUGCCAAGGAGAUCGAGGACCUGUUCUUCAAGAAAACGAUUGGAACUGUUCCUAUAGAGAGACUGCUGAGUGAUAUGUUUAAGAACGAGUGAUCCAGUAAUACUAGUUGCUUAAUUUAAUUUUCAUGUAAUAUGUUAAAUUUUCUGGGAGAAAAUUACACCGAAAAGCACUGAUCAAGUGCUAAUAAACUUUCAAAUUUAAUAAUCCCUGAAUGAGAAAGAAUUUACUCAAGUUUUUCAAUAAUUGGUUUAGAACCACACAUGAUUACUCAAAUGAUAUGGUCGUCAGCGGCAAUGUACUGAAAAUGAAACGUGGAAAAUAAAUUUUUACCAACUUACCUUUCUUUGGUAAGUUUGAAAUGCCCUGUGGCAGCUUCAAAUGCUUUUUUACGCUGUAAACGCAUUUGUGGUCAGUCCACGAGUUACCGUUGGGUAUUCGUUUGAGUCCUAUGCUUACUUUAUUGGCAACUGUCCACCAAGAAUGUUUUCAGACGGACAAAUCGUCUGGUCAAUCAGAAGAAACGUAAAUAAUUUAAUCAACCAAUCAGACAAAGCAUGCGACAAGUGGCUAGCGCGGGAAAACAGCGACUGGUUUAAGAGUCUCUCCGUGUUGAUCACAGAAAUGGUAUGUUUUGUCUGAUUGGUUAACGCCCAAAGUUGACGUUUUUUAAGAUCAAUUGUCAUGAGAAAGCGCAGCAAACACAAAGCUUUGGUAAACACAAAGCUUCUCUCCACACUGGCGGAAAACCCUCUAACUGAAAUGUUUCUUAUACUGUCUGUCUUAACCUACUAACUGUUUCUUAAUCAUAGCAUUUUCCACGCGUUGUUUUAUUUAAUCUUUAUUUUGGAUUAUAAGCAAAUGUGUUCGUGUUACCAAAUUAAAUAUAAAUUCAGUCAGCUUAUGAAAGGCAAUGCAAGAAAUAAGAAUAUAUAAGCAAAAGAGAGCUAGUUUUGUUGCUAAAGAAAUUUUUUUAUCUGUGGAACCUUGGUAGCGACUGGGAUAGGAAAAGAUUUAUUCCCACAUUGGUAAGUUGAUUUCAUCGGCGAAUUAACUAAAAGACAAUAAAAUAACAGUUAAAUUCUAAAAAUGGAUAAGUAAAUAAGGAUUUUGCACAACAUUUGUCUACUGGGGUUGUGGAACUAAUCUAGAAGUGUAUUCAAUAUAUAAAUGGUUGCAGUUUUGCAGAUUGCUCUGUUAAGGUAUGGCUGUAUAUGGCAGAUUAUCGCGUUAUGCAAAUAUGCUGUUUUAUAGCAUUUGAAAUUCAUAUUCUAAAUAAUCUAAGUCUUAAGCCUAGUUUACACUAGCAACAUAACGACAUAGUGACAUAACAUGCAUAGUGAUAUAAGAAGGAUGUUAUGUUUGCAGUGUAAACAUCCUGGCGUAAUGACAUAAUAGCAACA